AUGGAAAGUUUUGUCUUGUUUGUUUGUUUGUUUAUUUCUUUCUUUCUUUCUUUGUUUCUUUCCUUUCUUUCUUUCUUCUUUCUUUCUUUCUUUCUUUUAUUUGUUCCUUUCUUUUUUACCAUCAAUUUUGUUUGUUUGUUUGUUUAUUUGUUUCUUUUCUUUCUUUCUUUCUUUCUUUUUUCUUUCUUUCUUUCUUUCUUUACCAUUUUUUUUCUUUAUUUGUUUUUUCUUUCUUUAUUUCUUUCUUUUUUCUUUAUUUAUUUAUUUAUUUUAUUUGUUCCUUUCUGUAUUUUCUUUUUUUCUAAUUCCAUACCAUCAUUUUUUCCUUUCUGUUUUUCUUUUUUUCUUUCCAUACCAUCAAUUUUCCUUCUUUCUUUCUUUUUUUUCUUUCUUUCUUUCUUUCUUUCUAAUUCCAUACCAUCAAUUUUGCCUUCUUUCUUUCUUUCUUUCUUUCUUUCUUUCUUUCUUUCUUUCUUUCUAAUUCCAUACCAUCAAUUUUGCCUUCUUUCUUUCUUUCUUUCUUUCUUUCUUUCUUUCUUUCUUUCUUUCUUUCUUUCUUUCUUUCUAAUUCCAUACCAUCAAUUUUGCCUUCUUUCUUUCUUUCUUUCUUUCUUUCUUUCUUUCUUUCUUUCUUUCUUUCUUUCUUUCUUUCUUUCUAAUUCCAUACCAUCAAUUUUGCCUUCUUUCUUUCUUUCUUUCUUUCUUUCUUUCUUUCUUUUUUUUCUUUUCUUUCUUUCUCUUUCACAUUUUUUAUUUCUGGUAAUAUUUUUAUCUAUCUAUCUAUCUAUCUAUCUAUCUAUCUAUCUAUCUAUCUAUCUAUUAGCUUGGUUUGCAACUGACUUUUUAUAUGUGCGUAUCUAUCUAUCUAUCUAUCUAUCUAUCUAUCUAAUUUUUUUGUUCAAAUCUAUCUAUCUAUCUAUCUAUCUAUCUAUCUAUCUAUCUAUCUAUCUAUCUAUCUAUCUAUCUAUGUUUGCUCUAUCUAUCUAUCUAUCUAUCUAUCUAUCUAUCUAUCUAUGUUAUUAUCUAAUUAUGCUAUUAUCUAUCUACCGAUCGAUCAAUAUAUAUAUAUCUCAGUUUGUUCAAAUCUAUCUAUCUAUCUAUCUAUCUAUCUAUCUAUCUAUCUAUCUAUCUAUCUAUCUAUCUAAUUUUUUUGUUCAAAUCUAUCUAUCUAUCUAUCUAUCUAUCUAUCUAUCUAUCUAUCUAUCUAUCUAUGUUCUAAUCUAUCUAUCUAUGAAAUAUACCUAUCUAUGA